AUGGACGGCGACACUGUCAGGCUUAACGUAGUUAGCUUCCCAGUAAAGACGUCUCAAGUUCAUAUCUACCCCUUUGAAUUGCAUAAGAAUAUUGCUUUACGUCUUGAGCUCUACGGGUGUGAUCCAGGGUAUCACUUUAAAGUCUGGCUAAAAGUACUUGACACAAGCUUUAAGCUCUCCUUCCUGAAUCGUACAAACGAGGAAACAAGAGAAAAAGAGGAACGUGUGCUAUCUAAGGUUAAAAGUUACCUUCAGAAUAUACCAGGAUUCUUGGAAACAAAACUUCACAAGUUCAGUCCACCUCUCUUCAUCAAUGACUUACAAGUUACACAAGAAAGCAUCGUCGCUGAGAUCGAAAUCUACUGCAUAGAAUCGGCCACUACAGUGAUUAAGAAUGAAAUAAAGAGGGCUUUAGCCAAUCAAAGCGCUGACUCUAUUUUUGACCAAAACAUUCUACUUUAUCCAAGUACUGACGAGUGUCAACCACCGAGCUUCAACAUCUCCAUAAGAACAGACCCAAGUCACCCGCAGCUUGUUCCGGUCGACACUACAAAUAACAUGGACAUGUUGACUGUGAAAGCAAAGCUAAACCCAGCAUGCCCUUCUACCCAGAGGAUCAGGUAUACUUGGGAGAUUGCAGCCGUUGAUGUGAAAACAGGACUGUUUAGUAUGAUCUACACGCGGGGGAAACCACAAUAUGGAAUCAACGAGAUUGUUUUAAGGACAAAUUACAUCCAGCCGGAGGGCAAAUGGCUAACUUUCAUUCGAUGCAUCGUUAGGAAUGCUGACAAAAGAGGUGUAUAUCGUCUAAAGUACGAUUUUGGUUUCAUUAAACUCGUAAAGAUGAUGCCAUUGAAAUGUAGCGUGAAACCAAACCAAGGAAAGGCCGCUUUAGAUGAGUUUGAAAUUAGCUGCAACGGUUCAUAUGAGCGGAUCAGAGCCAGCAACUACACCGUCAAACUAGAAUCAAGCAACAAGGAAUUUAUUCUGGCCACCUGGAGAUCGCCUAUAGGAUCAAUAACACUACCAGCUGGAAAUCCAGAGGAAAAUUAUUAUCUUCACUUACGGGUGGAGGCUACGUUUCCUUCAUUGCCUUCACUCUUGGACAAUGUUCAAGUUAAGGUAAAUAAGCCCGAACCUCACGAAAUUCUUCAUGCUGUAAGAAAGAUUAAAGAUCUCAUCUCGGCCAGGAAAUACGAAGAAGCUGCUUACAAAAUAUGGAUCCUUCAACUAUCAUUAAAGGAUACAAGUAUCAGUAUAAGGAGAAAGGUUAAAAAGGAGCUUAUACAAAUCAUAACCGACAUGAAGAUAAUAAGUCUUCAGCAACUCAAGCGAGUGGCAGCCUUUGUAGCGUUUUGCAACAAAAUGAAAAAAGACGCUACGCCGCAGAUUCAGAACAGUUCUAUCCAAAUUCUUACAAAGGCCAUACAUUUCUUGAAGAGCCAGAUGGACAAAAACUUGAGUCGUAUUACGGAUGUCAUUGUGGAGGGAGCUACAUUCAUUCUUACAGCAGCGUCAGAAAAACCACCACUUGAAAACAGAACUGAAGACUCAGGAACGGAGAUUACCGAAAAAGCAAUAACGCUUUUACAGCAAAUAGCAGUCAUAAGAGGAAAUUCUGCAACUGAUACAGAUCAAGUCAAACUUCGCUCCAAGGGCAUUUCCAUUCUACGAGCAAAACUAAAGAAGAGCAGAAGGGUCUUGUACCUAGAAAGAAAUGAAGUUCACUUGCCAGCGGAACUACUACAACGGAGUGGUACAGUACAGUUCAUCAGGUUUGAUAAAAAUCCCUAUAUGGGGAAUCCAGAAGUCGUUCCAGUGAACGUAUCAUACAUUGAUAUUACGUUUUGGUAUAAAAAUGAGACCAAGAUGAGGAUUUACAAUCUUAGCCAUCCAAUCAGGAUUGUGUUUCCCAGAGAGCCAGUGACUUCGAUGGAAACGGAAGAACCAGCUGAGAGUCUAUUUCUUACAAAGAAAACAAUGCGUUAUCACGAGUUUGAUAUACCCUCUCAUGAAGCCGCAGUUAUUGUGAGUAUACGACCGGAAAAGAACAUUACAUUGAUUGUUUAUGUCAAGCACGGCACACGACCAACACCUGAAAACUACGACAUAACUGUUACCUUGCCGAGGGCCAACCAUACUUGUUUGAGUUUUAUAAGUGAGGAGAAAGAUAGCUGCACCCUUCGUGACCCAUACGAAUUUGAUAUUUCACCAAACGUCACAGGACAAAAUGGAACUCAUUUCAUCGGCAUUAAGAUUCUAGAACAAUCACCAGAUGCUUUAAAUACAUCAGUGGGAAAAAAAGGGGAUCAUGGUAAAGAUGCCAAGUCCUUGGAUCAGAUGUCUUGUGUAAAUGUUAAGCCACCACCGACUGCAAAAAGCAGUGUACCUCGAGAAUUCGACCCUGCAGAGGAUUUCAGAUACAACCUAACUGUUAGAGUGGCAAGCUGCGUCUUCUGGGAUGAACUUAUGAAACAAUGGUCUGUCUAUGGAGUGAGGGUCGAUCCUGAAAGCAACGAACAUAGAGUUGCAUGCCUAACCAAUCAUCUAACGAUGUUCUCUGGCUAUCUGUAUGUAGCUCCAAACAAAAUUGAUUUUAAAAAGAUUAGUCCAGACUUUGAGGAUCUGCCACCAGAAAACGCAGUGGUGUUGUCUACAGUUUGCCUCAUCUUUGUGUGUUAUGCUGUGGGGCUGAUGUUUGCCAGAAGGGCUGACAAUAGAGACAAAAGAAAGGUUGUAAACACUGAGGCGACGUCGCAUAGCCCCGGAGACUCCUCUAGUUACAGCUACCAGGUCUUCAUCCAGACUGGAAUGUGGUACGACAAUGGCACAACUGCAAGAGUCGGUAUGAUACUUUUCGGCGAGGACGGAAACAGUGACAUAAUAUACUUUAUGGAUCCUUGGAGAGAAAGCAAACUUUUCACACGUGGUAGCGUGAAUACGUUUACCUUUAACCUUCCAUGUCAUUUAGGGCAGGUGUACAAGAUAAAAAUUUGGCACAACAAUGCUGGCAAAAGUCCUUCAUGGUUUUUGUAUCAGGUCGGUGUAAAAGACCUUUCCACCAAGGAGACGUGGCAUUUCAUUGCAAAUAGGUGGCUUGCUGUAGAGAGCCCUGACGGUGCAAUAGACGUCGAGGUAUCAGCUGCUUCGCGAAAAGAAUUAACGAAAUUUAAAAGACUGUUUCAGUGGCGGGCUAUAACAAGCCUUGCAGACAAGCAUUUAUUUCUUUCGCUCUUUGUCAGGCCUCCGCAGAACCCCUUCACACGUUGCCAAAGGCUGACAUGUAUGCUGUCAAUUAUUCUAGUGUCAUUAGUAACAACUGCAAUGUUCUACAGGGACAAUAAAAACGAAAAAGAUCCAAAUUCCUUCCAACUUGGGCCACUUGAGCUAAGCUUGACGCAAAUUAUCAUCGGUGUGCAGAGCGGUCUCAUUGCCCUGCCUGUUAACAUCCUCACAGUGAUGAUAUUCAGAAACACAAGGAGAAAUGUGUCGAUAGACUUCCCAAACGAAUCUGAAAAGGAGGGUACCUCUUCUAUACAGACACCAGGUUUUUUUCCGCCGUACUUCAUCGUUGUUGGGUGGGUGAUUUGCUUGACAACUUCAGUUACGUCAGGAACCUUUGCGAUACUCUACAGCGUGCAAUGGGGAGCGGAAAAAGCAAAUCGCUGGCUGCUUUCCGUUGGAGUAUCAAUACUCCAGGAUAUAUUACUGAAUGGACCAAUUAUCAUCAUAGUAAACACAUCUAUCAUGGCUUUAGUAAACAGGAAACCAACUGAGGAUAACGAAAUAGAAAAGAAGACCCAACAAGCAAACCUAGUGCACGUUGUUCAAGAAGAUGAACUUGUAGCAAGUCACAAGCCGCCAGAGGAAGAACUACAAAGAGCUCGAAGCUUAAAACUUCAACUGAAAAAGCUACGGCGCUUCUUUAAAGACCUGGUGAUCUACGUUGUCUACGUCGUCCUGCUAAUGAUUGUGUGCUAUGCAGACCGUAAGCCGUCAAGUUACUUACAGACAAAAACGUUAAAGAACACGUUCAGUGCAUUCUACCAGGUUCAGGAUGCAAAAUCUUUUUGGAACUGGUUUGAAGAAGAACUAGUUCCUGGCCUUUACGACAGUGAAAAGACUCUCAAUGGUAGUGAGACCGGGAUGAUAAGUGGCAAGAUUGGCUUUAUUGUGGGCCUCCCAAAGAUACGACAGAUACGUAUUAAGUCAGAACCCACAUGCAGUGUGUUUCAUGUUCGACCAGUUUUACGCAAGUACUUCGAUAAGCACUGCACCUCAGAUUUUUCCAAUUCAAACAAAGACACCACGCCGUAUUAUAGACCCGGAUGGAAGACAUGGCCAAUUUCAAACAUUUCUAUAAAUUCACAGCAACUUAACAAAUUAUGCCCAGAACCGUGGAGAUAUAAAGAGCCCAUGGGACUUGGAGACGUUUUCCUACCUUACGGUGGCGGGGGUUACAUAGCAAAGCUUGGAUACGAUGCAACUACAGCACUUAUGGUCAAAGAGAGCAUGGAAGAGAAUAAUUGGAUAGAUGACAGGUCAGCUGCGGUUAUUGUCGAGUUCAUAGUAUUUGAACCCGCAAAUCUUUUACUCACCGAAGUUAUGCUCCUCUUCGAGAAGUUCGCAAACAGUAGAAGAAGUACAAGAAUUGACAUAAUUCCUCAAUAUAUUUUCCCUUCCACUGGCUCCUCUCUGCGCCCAUUCUAUCGCGUGAGCAUUCUUUUAUGGCUUAUUUUAAUCCUAGCUUUAUUUUUUCUCGAAAUCAUCAAGGCAACAAAGCAAGGGCGAGGGUACUUUAAAGGCUUCUUCAACUGGAUUUCCAUCUUGCAGAUUCUUUCAUCUUGUUGCGCGGGUUUGACUGUUUUUCUGAAAGAGAACACCUUAAAAGCUUUCCUUCAACAAAUACGUGGCAAUCCCUUUGGGGAUUGGAGCCCUUUCGAGCUCAUCAUAUGGUCAAGGUUUGAAGAAAUUAUUUUGUCUAUUGCUGUUGUGACGACAACCAUCCAGUCUCUAAGACUCAUACAGCUUAAUCGGCACGUCCAUGUCAUGAAAUGGACCCUCCAAAGCGCCUGCCGGUAUAUUCUGUCCUUCAGCGUAAUUAUCUUGAUGCUUGCUCUCGCCUUCGCACAGUUUGGAUCACUUCUGUUUGGAGCUAGGGAUGAAGAAUACGCGACACUCUAUUUUGCGCUGCGUACAGUACUCCAAAUGGCCAUCGGGAUAGGAAAAAUACAAGUUAAUAAGAUGAAUGGUGAUUCAAGCGAAUGGUUUGCCCCCAUUUACUUGUUUGCUUGUAUGCUAAGUUUAACAAUUGUUUUCGUUAACACCUUUAUUGCAAUAUUGGAUGAUGCGUUUCAUCAGGCCAAUGACAGAGAGUACCCAGGGGAAGGAGCGAUUGUGGUUAUGAAAAAAUGCGUAAAAGACUGGUUCAAGAAAACUGGUAAUGUCGAAACUGCCGGAGGAGUAUUCAGAGAAUCUCCGUUUCGAAAGACUAUCCGAAGAAAGUCAAAUCAACCUUUAUUAAGGAAGGAAACUCCUGCAGAAACUAACAGGCUUUUGAACUUUGAGGGAAAUCUUCGCAGUGAAUCUCCAGUGCAGCUCACAGGAUUUAGAUGUCUGGACGACAUUGAAAAUGAUCAAUACAAAAACAGAGCAAAGCUCGCCGAAAGUGAAAGUCUUUUGAGCUACGAAAGUCUUACCGAGGAGACUGACAAAUUGGCAGGCCAUCAGAUCCUUUCUCAAUCGGGUUUCACUGAAUUUAAAACAGAAAGCAACGUGACAGAGGUGAAGGACCCUAUUGUUGAUGAUGAAUACAAUUAUUUAAUUGACGCAAUUGGUGACGUUUAUUGCGAUACUCCAUCAACCGAAGAGGAACUGCUUCUGUCUGAUAUCACAAGAAUCAUGAAAACCGUACGGUCCGAUUUCAUGGCGGCAGUCCGAAAAGAUGAAGACUGUUAUUCUGCCUCUUCCUCUUCUCUAUCAUAUGACGUUAGCUAUGAGGAACUGAAUGAGUCAGCAUCUAUGCUGUCUUUGAUUCAAGCAUGUAAGGACUCUUCGAACAGUAGUGCUUGGAGUUAUGUCCGUGGCAUGCUCAGGAGCCAAGGUAAACGUCUCCACCGAACCCUCAGGCGCCAAUCCAAGACUUACAGUGAAGAGGAGAGGGAGAGCUACAUAUGAGUGGUAGCCGAAAGCAGAAAGACUGCUAGUGAAAAACAUUAUGUGUGGCGAAAGAGGUAAAUGCCUGAUAUAUGUAUAAAAAAAAUUAAAAAAAAAAAAAACAUGAACGCGAAAAGUGGAAAUACACAGAGCAAAGACAAACAAUGAAGACGGCAAAUGAAACUUACCGAUGCAACAGCGCGGGAGCGAAACCGACAGAGUAAUGCGGCGAAAUGAAAACGAAAGUAAACAAAUUGAAUUUGGAGAAGCCGAAUUUACUCAGGGUUCGAAUUUAAAAAGGGCGCGAAAUAAUAGCCUAGAAAAUGUUUUAUAAAUGGAAGCGGGUUAUACAACAGACUUAAUAACAAUGAAGAUAUGGCACUCACUGUAACAUUUUAGGGAGUUAAAUCCUUCUGUAUGAAUUACACAGAUUCAGCAUUUAGUCACCGACUUUCUGCAAACUUUCCACGUUAAAAUGCUCGAGGGUACCACUGACAGCCGGUUAACAAUCAUUUUGGACCUUCCGCUCGUGACUCAAACGGAGAGAAAAACUUCUGAACGUGCAUUUAUUCCUGAGUUGCCAGAUCUUCUAACUCACUGGAAUUAUCUUUGAUCUUACUUGCUAUAAAAAUAUAUGACCUUAGAGGACAUUCGCUAAAUUUUGAAGACCAUGGAUCAGUCGGCAAAACCAUCCAUUGAUCGCGAGUUGAGAAAUUAAACGUCAAAAAUGUUUUCAACGUCCUGUUCACAUAGGAUCUUUACUGCUCUAUGCACAUAAUUUCUUAGAUCUAUAGCAAAGGACCAGGGAGAUUGCACGUCUGCAUACAAAGGGUUACAAGGUCCAAUUUUAA